AUGCGCAGCAGCGAGCCUCACGCACAACUCGGCGCGCGCGAGGCUCGAAAACGGUUGGUGACCGCAAAUCUUGUUCCUGCGCCAACCCCAAAGACCUCGGGGGCUCGCCGGACGCUAGCUGCCUUCUCGCUCGGGGUCCUCUCAGGCGUUGCAGCCGCUUGGCUAGCCACAAGACACGCGCCUGGCCGGCAGACGCGGUUCCCUUCGCUCGGCUGGAGCGACGCAAGUUUCCGCGAGGAGGAGGAGGGCGACCACGAGGAAGGCGAGCAGGAGGGUCUGGUGUCUCUUCGCGGUCUAUCUGCCGUGGAGGCGUCUCUAAAAGCACCCAAUGGGCAUGGAGCAACUGCAACUGACCCGCGGUCGCACUACCCUUCCGCUCUCUUGCCGUCGACGGAGCGCCUGCUGUACUCCCCCGCGUUCGUGUCUCUCGUCUCCACUGCUCAUCGACAGCCGCUGUUCGUCGCGGAGCGCUUGGGCGGCGAUCUCCGCUCCGAGGAGGCGGACAGCGAGGAGAUAGGAGACGGGACCGGGGACAGAGAGACAUUCUCUGAUGCGAGUCGAGAGCUUCAGGGCGCGGCGACAGGAAAGGCCACGGGAGCGGAGCCGAGGCGCGCACCUGCGGCGAGAGACCCAGAGAGACAGGCCGAGCCAGACGCGGAGCAUGAGAGGCGCACAGAGGGCCUUUCCACAGGGUCCGACGAGGAGAACCCCAGUGAGAGCGAAGGAAGCGACGAGGAAGGCCACCGGCUCGGGAGACGCGGCUUAUAUUCGAAAACGCCUCAAAAGGGUCUCAAAACGACGGGAGGCGUCGACAGACGGGCUCUCAACUUCACACAAGAUCCCCGAAUCGACAAGCUGUGGAGCGCGGACAAUAGCGACUAUCUACGAUCGGGAUACAGCAAGGGACACUUAGCGGCUGUCGCUCUACACAAGGACAGUCUCGAGGCGCUCCAGAGCACCUUCUCGCUCGGUGCAAACAUCAUUCCUCAAAACCAAGCUGUCAACGCUGGCGCAUGGUUCAAGUUGGAGGUGCUAACGAAAUCACUCGCACGCCUGUACGAAGAAGUUUACGUCGUCUCCGGCCCUCUGUGGAUCCCACACGACCUCGUGUCUCGUGCACCCCUUGUCUCUGUCCCUCGUGCUCAAAAGUACACUUCCCCUCCUCGCAGUCUAUCCUCUUCUUCUCCGUCUUCUUCUUCCCCCUUUGCGCCUUCUAAGGGAGCGGGCGAGGGGUCGGAUCCCUCACCGCUCCGCGAGAAGGACGAGGCCUCGAGGGAAAAUUUCUUUUCGAGCGGCGCGCGAGUCGCUGUGUCGGAGCGAGGCGGGCAAGUCGACCGCGCGAACCUCGCGGCAGCGGGCGACGCGCUCAGGCGCGAAGACGCCCCGGGGGACGGAGGCGGAGACAGCGAGAGGAGCGGAGAAGAGGGAAGUGCACCAACUCGCCUUUUGCAUGCAGACGGCGAGACUCCUGGCGCAGAGGCCAGAAAACGGCGGGGAGCUUGGGGGCGGCGGUCCGCAUCGUUCUCGGGUCUGUCGCAGAGUCGUGGAGAGAGCGAAGCGAAGGAAGAACCCAGGACGACCGCCUUCCGGACAUUUGCGUGCCUCAAGCCCUACGCCUCCGCUCCAGAUGUCCUUCCUGUCUCCGUUGAGGCGCUCACGGGGUCGGCGGCUUCGCCGGCUUCCCUCCAAGCGUUCGAGUUUUCUUCUGCUUCGUCUCCCCUCCACUCGUCUUCCUCGAUCUCCCCGCCGGAGACCGAUGGACUCGAAUGGAGUUUCCGCGCGUGCCGCGAGGCCGUUCGCGAGCAACACACCAGUCAAACGCCCCCGCCCUCUUCCGCUUCUUCUGGAAAGACGGUGCCUCCCUUGCACGUGGAGCACGAAGUGAUCGGCGCGCACUUGGUUCCUGUGCCGACGCAUCUUUUCAAAAUUGUUCUGGGCGCUGGUCCGCGACGAACAUCGCAGGGGACGUCGCGCCUCCCCGAGGUUGUCUUGGGAGCCUUCGUCGUCCCCAACAAGAAAGUCGACAGAGUGUCAGACAUGCGAGCUUUCCGCGUGCCUCUGCAGUUCGUCGAGUGGAUCAGCGGGCUCGAUUUCCAGGGUGUGGUGACCUACGCUCGCGAGAAGUGCGAGCAGACCCAGGCGUCCGGAGACGCGGGAAGCGUUUCCGGCGCGGAGACGACUCGCGGAUUUUCGUCUCUGUUCCUCUCGAGGGACCAGGCGAGGGCCACCCCCGCCGGACGAGAGGCGGGAGAGAAGAUCUCGCCGAGCAGUCAGCAGGAAGAGGCCGCGUUCGGCCUGCGAUCUGGCCGUGGGAAGCUCGGUGAGCGACAGGCGUCUCCGUUUCCCUCGGCCGAGAGGCGUCGUCGCAGACGCGAGCGAGAAGAGACGUCUCGUUUCCUUCUCGCGAUCGAUCUCUGCAGAACCCGCGAAUGGACUCCGACAGGCACCGCGGGCGAGAAGAGACCCUCGCGGGAUGGCGGGGACUUCGACGCCGCCGCUGUGCCUCUGCGCGAGAGAGAAGCCAGAAGGGCUAUGCGGUCGACACGGCGGGAGACGCAGGCCGACGGGCUGACCGUGCAGCGCGGGCGAAACGCGCAAAACUCAGAGAGAACGCACCCGCCGACGUUCAGCUUCUGCGCUCCAGGCGCGUUUGAUAUGCUUGGUGCGUCGUCGCGAUCGACUUCGGCGCCGCCUCGCCUGACUGGAGCGGAGAAGCGGUCCGAACAAGAAGGCUCUGAACGCACUGGCGAGCACGAAACGACAGGAAAAACCUAA